AUGACUUCAUCACAGAGAUUCAGCACAUUGGUACACAUGUAUGAAAAAACAGCUAAUCGGCAAUUAGGCGAGUUGAGAGACUUGCAAAGAAUUGCAUUGCAGGGCGGUCUCAGAGAUACACCCGCACUCCGAGAAUCGAUAUCUACGUAUGAAAGAGAUCUUGAAGAAGGACUGCGAGGGAUUCUAGCUGUCCGUGGAGAGAUGACAGAUAUUAGUCAAGAACAUGAAUUUGAUUCUAUAAUCGAGCCGAUCAGACAGCAGAUAAAGACACUGAUUAAUGUGACUAAGACACUACCCGUUCUCGCUCCUCCAACUGGAAGAAAUCCGUUUGACCAAGAAGAAAGAGAUUUAGAUGAUAAUCCAUACGAAAUGGAAUCGAGAAGAUAUCUUCAAGAGACAACCAUGAAAGAUAACGAGUUACGGCAGCUGGCAACAGAUAUGAAAGAACGAGCUGAAGCGACAGCGAAGGUUGAAAAGGAUAUGGCUGAUUUGGAGAAGAUUUUCCAAGAGCUCGGUCGGAUAGUUCAUGAGCAACACGAUGUGAUUGAUUCGAUUGAAGAACAAAUCGAAAGGGCAAAUGAGGAUGUUAAAAGAGGAAAUGAGAAUUUGAAAAAGGCGGUGAAGUCAAAAGCUGCAAAGGCACCGAUUUAUGCAGGUCUAGUUGGUGGACUUGCCGUUGGAGGGCCUGUUGGGAUGGCUGCUGGUUCGGCAAUAGCUGGAAUUGCAGCUGGGGUCGGUGGAUUAGUAGCAGGAGUCUAUACUGGACGAUUUUUCAAACGAUCAGCGACCACUGAUUGA